AUGAAUAAAUUUUCUUCAAAACCAAAUACGUAUCCAAAAAGAUCAAGUUUGAAAAACACAAUGCUAUCAAUUUUCUUCAUUUUUGUCAUUGCAUCGAUAAUAGCUCAAGGACAAACAUAUUCACAUAGUUCUUGUUCUAGCGCCUCAUCGAUUGCUAUUAAUUUACAUGGUCUUAAAAUCGAUCCUCAUCCGAUGACACGACCUUCUGUGGUUUCCUUUGCCCUUAAUGUUAGUGUUGCCACAGUUCAGACCGGUCCAAUUAAGACACAGUUUACUUUAAAAAAAGAGGUUCUUUUCUUUCCUGUAACAGUUCCAUGUACUGAUGGUGUUGGCUCAUGUACUUACGAUGAUUGGUGUGAAUUUUCCAAAUCAUGUUCAUAUCCAUUGCCAGCUGGGGUUCAAUUAUUCAAUAUGCCGAUGAAUGUGACAUCAUCUGUACCAACUGGAAAAUAUUCAGUUGAGAUUAGAUUUACAGUAGGAGGCACUCUAAUAGGAUGUGUCACAAUGAAAGAUAUUGAAGUUAAAUAA